AACUGGGGUAAAACCGCAGCCCACUUCGCCUUCCCUUCCUUCCGCCGACCCGCCAACGACCGACUCCUCUCUCUUCCGCCGAUGAUGGAGGAUUCCGAGGAUCAGAAAAUGACAGCGCUGAAGAGGGCGUACGCGGACAUGAUCUUGAACAUGGCGAAGGAAUCGGCAGCUCGUAUUCUUGAAUCGGAGCGCAGGGCCAUCCGGUUGCAGCACAGCCUGUCCCUCGCCAAGGAGGAGGCUCUCGCGACGCUUCUCCGUCUCAAGAGCAUCAUGGACUUAAAGAUAAAAGAAACAGAAAGGGCAAACUUAGGUCAGGUAAGAAAGAUUCAGGAGCUUGAAGGUCAGUUCAAUGAAGCAAAGGAUACAAUAGCUUAUCUUAGAUCCGAAUUGAAAAUAGUGAAAACUGAGUUGGAAAAUAAGAAGAACACCCAAGCUAAGCUUUUGGAUGAACAAAGCAAAGAUCGUGAUGGCACCUAUGAAGACAGCUGCCAAGAAUGCAAAUCUAAUUCUCAUUCACUGCUGUGUUCUAAGAGUGGAUCUACGAAUGUUCCAACAUCUGACACUAACUGUACUGCUUUGAGUCAGAGAACUGUAGUUGGUCACUAUUGCUGCUGCACUGAAAAUGCAAAAAAAGCUGAAAUAUUAAAAGAUCUAACUGCAUUAAAUAAGUCUGCUGACAGAAAUGAUUUAGCAUCCUUCAUACUGAGUAGCAAAGAACCAGAUCUUUUUAGAAAUGGAUGCACCCAAAGGAUCCGUGCAUUUGAACAGAAUCUGUUGACUGGGAGAGAGCAGCCUGGGCAAAGUGUUGACCACUUGUCAAUCUUAAAGAAUGAAACAACUGUGUGCGAGAAUGGAAAUGCCGAAAGGCCCAAAACUGGAGAUCUUGCCGUGGCAGCCAAAACAGUAAAUCAGGCGGGGAAUCCCUUUGUGUCUAAAGAAGUGACCCAGCAAGCUAGCAGGCUUUCUUCAAUGAAACGAAGAACUAGACAGAAAUUAGUGGCGAAGUGUGCAAGCCGUGGUACUUAUCAUGAAAAGGCAGAUUGCGAACCAUAUGAUGUUGAUUAUUUGAGGACUCUUUCUUCGAUAAAACAAAGAGCAAGAGGUAAGCUCGUUAAGAAGUCUACCAGCUGCGGUACUUCUCAUGGAAAGUCAGGUCAUGGAUCAUCUGAUAUCAAUUGUUCUAAGAUUGUUGUGGAAAAUAACUUGACUAAAUCUUAUAAAACUUUGCAUAGGGCACUCAGUGAGGCACCUCAGAAAACUCAGAGUUCUUGUAUGGCUUAUCUAUCCACUGGAAAUAGUAAAACUUCAAAAGAUAGAGAGAUUAACUUGAGCAGAUUAUUAAAUAAUGAGAAGCCAGAGCUUUUGAAUGGCAAUAGUAUAAUAAUGACCAGGAGAACUGUGACAAAACAUAAUUGGCAUUCCGUGAACCAAAUUUGUAAGAACCUGCAGUCUAGAAGUGGACAUCCUGGUCAAGAAAAUAAUGUCAGGGAGCCUCCUUUGUUGAGAACAACUAACACUAUUGAUGAUGAUACUAAUGACUCCUUGCCGACAGAUUGUUCGAAGUUAACAACAACAGACCAUAGAGUAGCAGUGGAUUUGGAUGUUUCUAUGCAUGAGAAAAAAAUGAUCCAUGGAACAGGUGAUGCUCUAUUGGAGAAUCCUGAUUUGAAGUGUGAAAAGACUUGCAGGUCAAGUGGACCUGCUGAAGCUGGAAGUGAUAGAAUUCUCAAGACAUUUCAGAGGAAGCGGAAGAGGGAAUCUCCAGUUAGCAAGAAUGAAACUGUUUCCGUAGAGAAAAAGAUUGCAUCAAAGAGGAUCGGUGAUAAACAAAAAGCCUCGCUGGAGCCUCAGAGACCUAGUUUAGUAGUGGAGUCAUCCAGAGACAAUAGGAGAGUGGCACAGGUUGCUCGUCAGCUCAUAGCCUUGUCCAGAAAAAGAUGGUGAAGAGUUGCUUCCUGACCAAUCCAAGGAACAUGUGGGAGGACCUUUGGAGGAAGGCAUAUAGAGUGUCUGUUUCAGAUGUCGAGGACUGUGACUUGAUUGAUGCUGGUACUAUGGUUUCUACUGAUGCUGCCCGGUAUUGAGUAAAGCGGGCAUGCAUAUUUGUACCACUACUGCAGGAGACUUCAAGGGAACAUUUGAAAGACUGACUGCAGAAGAAUCACAAGAUAUGACUAUUGUUUUAGCUAUUUAUAAUAGUUGAUGCACUAUAUUAUGUUUUAUUUGUUUCUUUUUCCCCAAGAAUAAUCAUUGAGAGUCAAUUUACUGCCGUCAUCCCAUUUUACAAUUUCUUUUGAUCUGUAACUUUUACAUUAAAAAUCAACACUCAUAUUGGUUUAAUUCAUGUAUUAGCUUGCAGAAGUCCUAUAUAUGCAUCUAUACCUUUUUGGAAUGGUGGGCAGAUGCUUUAAUUGCAUGUCUGUAGUAGUUUACGAAACUUGACUGCACUCUUGCAAUUUAAUAUUAUUGUAUUGUAUUCUGUUUAACAUUUACAGCCA